AGCAGCCGGACGGGCGCGUGCACCUGCCACCACCACCACGGGAAAAUUUGGUUUUACCCCCCCCCGAUGGGAAAAGGGAAACAGGCCCAAAUAAACUGACCAGGUCGCUCGGGUUGCAGCGCGUUAGCCGACUGAAAAAUGCUGGCAGACACGAUGUUGGAGGAGGGAUUCGACAUGAAGGAAGAGGAGAUGUGGUACGACAAGAAGGACCUUGAACAUGACCUACACCUGGCAGCUGAACUGGGCAAGACCCUCCUGGAACGCAACAGGGAACUGGAGCAGGGGCUGCAGAAGAUGUACUCCACCAACCAAGAACAGCUGCUGGAGAUUGAGUACCUGACCAAGCAGGUGGACCUCCUGCGACAGGUGAAUGACCAGCAUGCCAAGGUGUAUGAGCAGUUGGACAUGUCUGCCAGAGAGCUGGAGCAGAACAACCACAAGCUGCACCUGGACAACAAGGCUGCCCAGCAGAAGAUCGAGGGGCUUACAGAAACUGUGGAGGGGCUGCAGACCCAGGUUGAGGAGCUGCAGCAUGAGAUAGAGGAACUGAAGACCAGCCCUCCUAAACCCCAAAGCAAACCUGACAAAGAGAUGUGGCGACCCCACGGCACCCAAAGCGUGUCCUGCCUAAAAGAGUUGCAAAAUGCACGCGGGUACUCUGAUCAUGAUCCUGAUGAGCUGUCUGUGCCCUCUGACCUCUCGUGGCAUGAGGAGCAGCAGGCGUCACUACGGCGAUCCCUCCGCUCCCUACAGACCAAGCUUGCCAAUGAGCGUGCUUGGAGGGAGGAAGCAGAGCGAGAGGCCAACCUGCUAGCUGGCGAAAAUUCAGCCUUGGAGCAGCAACUAGGAGUGAUGGAGGGUUGUCGGGCUAGAUUAACUGAGCUUGAGUGUGAGGCUGAGGAGCUGCGUCAGCUCUGGAGAGCAGAGUCCUCGGCUAAAUCCAGGAAGCCGGCCAUCACUCGCACGCAAGCGGCCAACUGUGUUCUUCUCAGCCCCGAGGAGGAGGAAGAAAGCGAGGGAGAGGUGACGGGGGUGAAAAGCCCACGGGCCAUGAAGCACCACGGCAGCAAGAAGCCACUUGAGGCGAAAUGGGAUCCUGACACUCUCGACAGGAUCCUGGACCACGAGCGCUCCUGUGUGCGCCGCUCCGAGGUGGUGAAGUACCGCGGCAUAUCCCUGCUCAAUGAGGUCGACGCCCAGUACAGUGCCUUGCAGGUGAAAUAUGAUGAGCUUUUGCGCCGCCACCAACUGGGGGAGCAAGGUAAGGACGGGGAGGCGCAGAGCCACAAGGCCGUCCAGACCACCUCGGCACUCCUGCCGGCCCGCUUCAUGCCAGUCUUCCAAAGCCAAGCCACGGGGACGGACGCGGUGGACAUCGGGGAUGACUUUCACCAGCCAGAGUACAAGGAGUUGUUCAAGGAAAUCUUCACCUGCAUUCGCAAAACCGUAGAGGACCUGAGUCAGAACAGGGUGAAUCCCCCGGCUGUUGAAGUCACUCCUCUUUUGCAUUAGUUACUAAAGUUAAAAAAAAAACUUUCUGUGGGAUGUUUUUCAUCUAAAGUGAGCCGAGAUCCUGAGCUGAAACGAGUGCUAAACUCGGUAUUUUGAACUCAACCCCACGACAAGGAAAGAAUCUUAGUUAAGUGUCC